AAGUAAAGGUGCAAAACUCUCUCUUUGUCUCUCUCUCUCUGUCUGUCUGUCUUUCUCUCUCUAGGGUUUUGCUAUUGCGAUUUGCAGAGACUCACCACUCAAUGGCCGGCAACGGAAUCCAUCCGUAUCAUACGCAGUGGGCGGCGGCGGCUCCUCCUCCAGCUGCCGCUCCUACUGGGCCGCCACUUCCUCACGCUUCCUCUAUCUCAAAUGAUGAGGUUCGGACGAUAUUCAUAGCCGGCCUUCCGGAGGACGUGAAGGAGAGAGAAUUGCAGAAUCUGUUAAGAUGGCUGCCUGGUUACGAGGCGUCGCAGGUUAACUUCAAAGGGGAACACCCUAUGGGCUUCGCUCUCUUCUCUACACCUCAAUUUGCUAUCGCUGCCAAAGAUGCCCUUCAGGAUUUGGUGUUUGACGCUGAAUCGAAGUCUGCGUUGCACACAGAGAUGGCCAAGAAAAAUCUAUUUGUCAAAAGGGGUAUUGUGGCUGAUUCCAAUGUUUAUGAUCAGAGUAAACGCAUGCGAACUGGUGGCGACUAUACUCAUACUGCUUAUUCAAGUCCAUCUCCCUUUCACCCUCCCCCGGCACCAGUUUGGGGACCUCAUGGGUAUUUGGCUCCAGCACCACCACCAUAUGAUCCAUAUGGAGGGUAUGCUGUUGCUCCAGUGGCACUCGCCCCACCUGCUCCUGCUCCUGUCCCUGCACCAAGUAGUUAUGUUCCUGUCCAGAAUACUAAGGAUAACCCUCCUUGCAAUACCUUGUUUAUUGGCAAUCUUGGAGAGAACAUAAAUGAAGAUGAAUUAAGGGGACUUUUUGGCGCACAACCUGGUUUUAAGCAGAUGAAGAUUUUGAGACAGGAAAGGCACACUGUUUGCUUCAUUGAGUUUGAGGAUGUGAACAGUGCUACCAAUGUUCAUCAUACUUUGCAGGGUGCUGUCAUCCCCAGUUCUGGUUCUGUUGGCAUGAGAAUACAAUAUUCGAAGAACCCAUUUGGCAAAAGAAAGGAUUCUGCAUACCCAGCUGCCCCUGCCGGUGCUAAUGGAGUGUAGCCAACCUACCAAUAGCUGGAAGGGGAUGUACUUUCUUCUCUAUGCUACGACAAAUACAACUACCUCAUGAUAGGAUGCAUCAUGCAGCUGUGGCAUGCAUCCAUUUCAUCAUCCAGUCAUCAGCAUUAGCAUCUGUUCAUGUGAAUGAAUGCACCGUCGUAGUGCUAUCAUUAACAUAAAAUUUGGCCAUGUUAUGCUUAUUUAACUAAUACAUGCAUUUGUCGGCAGCAUCUUGAAUUGCUUGGACAACUUUUAGACAUUACUCAGUUUUGUUUCAUAUUACAGAAUUGGUGCAUGGCUUUGUACUGUCAUUUUCUUGGUUUUGAAUGCUCUCCAACCUAUCUUGACCCACCCUUUCCCAUCAACACUGGGAUUGCUUCUC